UAUAGGAAUGAAGAACUGGAUGUUAAUAAUAGUUUAAGUCAUGCAUUAGCAGAAGCUUCAAAACUUACUUAUGUAUGCGGUCAAUGGGUAGAUACUUGUGAAGAAUGGUCGAGACAGACAGAACUUGGAUACCGCAUUGUAGCACCUACUCUACCAGCAAAUGGAGACUACUCUGCUUAUAAUGAAUGGGUUUCAGAUAAGAAUAGGGAUUAUGGGUUUCAUCAAACUUUUAUUGAACCAAAUCCUGCUUGUACAAUAAGUGCUGCUCUUACAUAUACCUCGCAAUUAGUAAAGCAAAUUUCCUUUUUUAUAGACGUUUUUUUACCUAGGCGUCCUAAUUUUAGUGAAUUUUGUGGCAAUGAGCUGAAUGAAACAAAAUUUGCAAAAUAUGUUACCCACUUGAAUGCUAACAUUCUUUACUUGUGCUUUUCACAAAAUGUUGACCCUAAAUUACUACAUCCUGAUCAUACAUUAAAAAAUUUGCUGCUACUAUUGGAUACAUCUGUUAGUGAUCUAGGAAGGGUGGAUCCACCAGACAUUGAUAGUAAGUUAUGCAGCGCAUUUGAAGAUAAGAUAACUUUUCAAUUAUAUUCAUGUACUGGCGACUCGGAUUCUGAAGAAGACAAUUAUUAUGAAUGGGAAGCUGUACCAAAUGUCGAAUACCCUGCUGAUCAUAAUCAAUUGUCUUCACAGUCUGCUAGUAGUGUUGUUAGAGCAGGACUUGUAGCCAGUACAGCAGCCAGYUUAGCGUCAAUGUGGCGUGGUUGGACUAAAUAAUAA